UGAGAUCAAGAGUUGCUCCAUCAACUGAGCCAGCCAGGCGCCCUUAGUUCCAAUUUUUAAUGACCAUGAAACAAAGGGGCUUAGAAGUUGGCAUCAAAAACGGCUGUCUCCAGAAGACCUGAAGUUCCCACAAGGUCAAGAAGGCACAGAGUAUUUGAACAGAGCCUCACUCUUCCACCCGACAUACCUGCUGGUGACGGUAGAUGCCACACACUCCAGGAGGGACUGGCACAUUGGCGCUGUCAAAGACCAGUUUACUUCCAGAUUUGCUGCUGUAAAGAUGAGCCAGUUCAGGCUCUGGACCCAGCACGGGGGUGCCUAACAUAUCCGCCACGGCCAAGUCAUCUCUGUGGAGGAAGCCGCUGACAAUGUAGGCCUCUUUUCCUCGGAUGAGAUUUUUUAUUCUUUUGAUCGCCUUGGGACUGUACAUCAGCAAGAGAGUACAAGAAAGAGUUGGGAAGUCCAUCCUCCAUUUUCCAAAACAACUAUCUCUUCUGGAUGUUGUAAAUCUUUUGCCUCGUGCUGGACAUGUCAGAUCUGAAGUGAAGCUUCAAUGGGAGAUAUCCUUGGAGCAGAAGAUCUUCCCGUGGCAGCAACUGCUGAUGAUGCCGAGGAUGCCGUGAGGUUUUACCCCUGGACCAUCGAUAACAAAUACUAUUCGGCAGAGAUCAGCCUGUGUGUGGUGCCCAACAAAGGCCUCGUCACUGCCGAGAUCGCGGAGUCUGUGCAAGCGUUGGUGGUUUACUUUGACAGCACCCAAAAAUCUGGUCUUGAUAGUGUUUCCUCAUGGCUUCCACUGGCAGAAGCAUGGUUACCUGAGGUCAUGAUCUUGGUCUGUGACAGAGUGUGUGAACAUGGUGUAGACCGACAGAAAGCUCAAGAAUGGUGUAUCAAACAUGGCUUCGAACUGGUGGAGCUCAGUCCGGAAGAGUUGCCGGAGGAGGAUGAUGACUUCCCGGAAUCCACAGGAGUAAAGCGAAUCAUUCAAGCCUUGAAUGCAAACGUCUGGUCCAAUGUGGUGAUGAAGAAUGAUAGGAACCCAGGCUUUAGCCUUCUCAGCUCCCUGGCCGGAGCAAACCGUAGCAUGGGGUCAGCAGAGACGUGCCACUCAGAGCAGCCCCGUUUGCCAGCAGCAGCUAGGACUGAAUCUCUGUUGGAUCGUCGGGGCGCUGCAUCGAACACAGCAGACGCCCAGGCUGAUAGCAUCGUGGAUCCCAUGUUAGACCUGGAUAUUCAAGAACUGGCCAGUCUUACUACUGGCGGAGGAGAUUUGGAGAAUUUUGAAAGACUACUUUCAAAGUUAAAGGAAAUGAAAGACAAGGCUGCGACGCUUCCCCACGAGCAAAGAAAGUUGCAUGCAGAAAAGGUGGCCAAAGCCUUCUGGAUGGCAAUUGGGGGAGACAGAGACGAAAUUGAAGGCCUCUCAUCUGACGAAGAGCACUGAGCCUUUGGCGCGAGGCUCUCCUGCCAGCCUGCCCUGCCCCGCCCCGUUCUGCCGAGCUUCCCGCGUCGUGUUGGCCACCUGACUUAGUUCUAGGGUCCGCUUGAUUUUAGUUGUUGGUAGGGGAGAGUAGGGGUGUCCUCUCUCCGUAGAUUUUAAGGGAGUGAGGAGUAUCAUGACAGCAAGGGGUGAGAGUGUUUCAAAUACGCUUUUUCCAGGAACGGGAGUGAGGUGAGGCCCCAGGGCCUGUGGGAUUUGCCUGGUUGGAGGAGGAGGCCACCACGCCCUUCCCAGGUCACCUUUCCCGUGGUGCCCUCUGUGGCCACACUCAAUCCCUGCAGGUCAGGAGCUCGUGCCACUUUUCCUCGAGCUUCUGGAUUUUCUGCUUCCCGGAGCUUCCUGCCCCGACCUGUGUUGCUUUGGGCGGGAGGCGAGGCAGCCACCGCAGGCCGUUUGGGCCAUCGUGUGAGAGGCGCCGGAGGCCGGGGCCCUCAGGUCGGUCUGGAGCUGGAAACUGCUGCUGGGCGUCUCAUGGGUAAUACCGGGUGCUCGGCGCUAGAAGCUGAGGAAGGACCGGGUGAAUUCUUAGACGUAACAGAUGAGGCGAAGCAAGCCCAUCUCCAAAGUUGCUUUGGUGGGCUGGGGGUGGGGGGAGCGGUGCGUGGAGUGGGGGUGAUGAGAGACAGAGAGAGAGACUUCAGGGAUUCCGGAUCCGGGCCGCGAAGCAGUAGGCGGCUGUGCGCGGAGCUUUCGCUCGGGCAACCGUGAAGGAGCUCUUCUUCCCGCGCUCUGGAGAUGUCAGAGCUGUGCGCUCACACCUCCUACCCUCAAACAGGGCGGUUCCCCUCUCGCGCUCCGGGAGCCCAACAGGUCACUGCCAGGAUAGUAACGCCGAGGGCUGGGCGGGGCGGGAAGGGACGCGAACACCGGAGUACCUGGCGCCGCUGAGCAGGGUCAGCCCUAAGGGCCCUGCUCCCCAAAGAGAGCGUCUCCAAAAGAAGAGUGGGGAGUGCAGCAAAUAUUCCAGUUCUGGCCUUGUAGACGCUUGGUCGUGCGUGCCACUCACCUUCGCUGCGGGGUCCCGGCCGCGGCUCUGGCCUCCUGCGGACCGUGAGCUGCGUCGCUCUCCGGCAGGAAGGCGCUCCAGACGCCUCUGCGCGCUCACGCGAUGCCGCAGCCCGCGUGGGUGCUCCGGUUCUGGGCUUCGGUGGCUUCGGUGGUGGGAGCGGUCAGGGAAGAGCCAUCGGCGGCAGCACUGGCAGUUGUCUUGCUCGGUGACUUGUUUUUCCUCCUCCUCCUUUUUUAAACUAUUCCGAAGGCCUUUGAGACUCUAGUUGAUCACUAUUCCAUCAUUGUUUUUGAUGUGACUGCAUUAGGGACGGGAAGGUGGCUCUGGGGUUGCACAACGAAAGGCAGAAUGGUUUUCUUACAACUUGGAAGGUUCCAGAAAAUACAUCAGGUCACAUGGUUAGGAAAGGCAGACUCGAAAAAGCUAUGAAUGUGAUUUUGUGGAUUCAACAAAGCCAGGUGAUUAAAGUAUCAUUUAUUUAUAAAGUC